CCCACGGCGAGCUGCAGCUGCAGCCUUCCUCCUUCGCACCCUCCCUCUUCUCCUCCCAAUCCCAUCCCCAUCCCCACCUCUGUCCCCAACCCCACCGCGGGGCCGGGAGGCUCCGUCGGGGGGCGGGGCCGGCUGCAAACCCCCUGACAUCAUCCUGUCUAUAUAGGCUGCAGCUGGGCGGUGAGAGGCAGGCUUUGUUGGAGCGGUGGGAGCGGGAGCACGUUACAGGCGAACAAAGACCCGGGGGUGAGCUGGUGGGGAAAGGCGAGGCGAGGCGAGGCAGUCGGGAGGGGAUAAGGAGACAGAGGAGAAGAAGCAGCAGCCAGGGGCCACUGGAAGAGCCAGCCCUCCCCUUUGCCAGCUCCGCGGCUUCGUCUUGCCGGCGCCCAGGUCCCCCACCCCUGCCCGCUCGCUCUCUCGCCCUCUCUUUCUCCCUAGCCCCGCAGCAUCGCCCCCAACCCUGAGCCAGCAUGACGGCCAACGGCACGUCGGAGUCGUGCAGGAUCCAGUUCGGGUUAAUCAACUGCGGCAACAAGUACCUGACGGCAGAGGCCUUUGGGUUUAGGUGAACCGCUUCGGCCACCAGUCUGAAGAAGAAGCAGAUCUGGACGCUGGAGCAGCCGGCCGACGAGGCGAGCGCGGGGGCCACGCCGUAGUGCCUCAAGAGCCACCUGGGCCGCUACCUGGCUGCCGACAAGGACGGCAACGUGAGCUGCGACAGCGAGACGCCGGGCGCUGACUGCCGCUUCUUGAUCGUGGCUCACGACGACGGCCGCUGGUCACUGCAGUCCGAGCCUCACCGGCGCUACUUCGGGGGCACCGAGGACCGGCUCUGCUUCGCGCAGACCAUCUCGCCCGCCGAGAAGUGGAGCGUUCACAUCGCCAUGCACCCGCAGGUGAACAUCUACAGCCUGACCCGCAAGCGCUACGCGCACCUGAGCGCCCGCCAGGACGAGAUCGCUGUGGACCGCGACGUGCCCUGGGGCGUGGACUCGCUCAUCACCCUGGUCUUCCAGGACCAGCGCUACAGCGUGCAGACGGCCGACAACCGUUUCCUGCGCAACGAUGGGCGCCUGGUGGAGAAGCCCGAGCCGGGCACGGGAUACACUGAGUUCAGGUCGGGCAAGGUGGCCUUCCGGGACUGCGAGGGCCGCUACCUGGCGCCGUCGGGCCCCAGCGGCACGCUCAAAGCGGGCAAGAGCACCAAGGUGGGCAAGGACGAGCUCUUCGUGCUGGAGCAGAGCUGUCCCCAGGUGGUGCUGCAGGCGGGCAACCAGAGGAACGUGUCCACCCGACAGGGAAUGGACCUCUCUGCCAAUCAGGAUGAGGAGAGUGACCAAGAAACUUUCCAACUGGAGAUCAAUAGAGAUACUAAGAAGUGUGCUUUCCGGACCCACACCGGCAAGUAUUGGACCCUGACAUCCAAUGGUGGGAUACAGUCUACUGCUUCAACCAAGAAUGCCAGCUGCUACUUUGACAUCGAAUGGUGUGACAAGCGGAUCACUCUCAAGGCUGCCAAUGGGAAAUACGUCACCGCAAAGAAAAACGGACAGCUAGCGGCCUCUGUGGAAGCUGCAGGAGAAACUGAACAUUUCCUGAUGAAACUGAUCAACCGGCCCAUCAUUGUCUUCCGUGGGGAGCAUGGCUUCAUUGGAUGCCGGAAGGUGACUGGGACCCUGGAUUCCAAUCGAUCCUCAUAUGAUGUGUUCCAGCUAGAAUUUAAUGAUGGUGCCUACAAUAUCAAAGACUCUACUGGGAAGUACUGGAUGGUAGGAAACGAGUCGUCCGUCACCAGCAGCAGCAAUACUCCCGUGGACUUCUUUUUCGAGUUCUGCGACUAUAACAAAGUAGCCAUCAAAACCAAUGGCCGGUAUCUGAAGGGUGACCAUGCUGGGGUCCUCAAGGCCUCCACAGAGGCCAUUGACCCUUCCACACUCUGGGAGUACUAAAUGCACUUUAGCGUUGGGUUUUCCCACCUCCCCUCCCAAAGUCCACCCUCCCCAACCCACUUCCCAGAUCCCACCCUGAUGAUAGUUUUCAUUUCUGCCCUUUUCCUUUCGUCUAUCUUGCUUCCCUCUGCUCCUUACCCUGCCCCACCUCUAUCUGUGGAAGGAUUUCAGGAUGGCUUGCUAUAUUCCUACCUUUUUUUUUUUUUAAUCUCUCUUGACUGCUCUGUUUUCAGGGGUUUGUUUCGUGUUAAUGGUGUGGGGGUGUGGGAAGAAGCCUUUUGCCUUUCAAACUGGAAAACCCAGAGAAAAUGGUGCAUCAUCUCAUGCCUUUGUCGUUUGCUUGCUUUGGAAAGUUCUCCUCGCCUGCCAUUUUGAGGGCGGGGCAGGAAGUGUCAUCAGCCCAAUUCCAUUCAAGCAAACACAAGGAGGAAUUUUCAGAAUCAUCUCCACCCUCUCUUCUGUGCCAUAGUAUGGUGCUGGCACCUUUUUUUCCCCCCUUAAUUCUGACCUCUGGUGACUCUGUGCUGCUGUUGAACCUUACUGCCUGUCUGCUUUGACCUUUGGCAAAUGGUGCUACGAGUAGGCCUUUAGGGCUAGUGGGACCAGCAUUAUCUUUAACCAUGGGUUAGGUUGGAAGAAGCACUGAAUUCUAGGAGCAGGCAUGAGGAAACCAACCUCCUAAGAGGAAGAGCAUGAGUGAACCUUCCUGGACUUGUGCUAGCUUCCUCAGCCCCUGGAGGAAUCACUGGGAUGCUGGCUUGACUACUAAACUUGAGAGGUCAAGACAGAGUGGGACCAGGGGCCACCUCCUGGCCUGGCCCGCUUAUUUGUAUACAGGUGGUACAACUAGAAGUUUGCUCAUAGCCUUUUAGGCCCAAGGAAACAUCCUGUGAGACCAUGGAGGAUGUGCAGUGGUAUUGCUAGCAUCUUCUCUGCCCUUGAUUACCACCUUCCUUCCCCCUCAUAAGGAAAAGAUAAAUAAACCAAGUGUUCUCGGAAUGACUUUCCUGCCAACUUUUACCAGAUGCUUCCCUGAAGCCGGGCUCCCCCAGUGACUAAGAGAGCAUCCAACAUUGAGCAUGUGGGACCCGAUUGGAUUUUUCUGGGCGCUCUGGGUCCUAUCCAGAGCCCUCUCUCUCCAUGGGAAGGUGACAUCUACCUCUGUGGUGGCACUAGACCUCCCCCCACCCCCCGGGUGCCUUCCAAUUUUUCAGCCAGGUAAUCAAUCUCCCCACUCCACCCCUCCAUACUCCCAACACUUUAGGAGAAGGAAAACUAUUGCCUUCAAGCAUGGCUGGGCAGGGAUAGGACACCCCAGCUUAGGGGUUGCUAAGCUUUAAACUUGGGGCUAGAAGCCUAGCCGUAGCCGUACAUUCACUUUUCUGCUGGCUGAUACCCAAAUCCUUGGAGCUGCUACAGAUGCUUUAGAAGUAGUGGGCUGGAUAGCCUUUGGUUGGAAAGAGCCAAGCUGACUCGUUUUGUGUUCUUUAGUUCACUUCUCUCAUUUUCCAGGAAUAAUGGUUGGAAUUGCAAAAAGAAGGUAAAAUGUCCACUUGUAGAUCUAAAAUCUUGCUUGGCAAACUUUGCACAGUGGUGGUGGUUUGGUCUUUUUUUUUUUUUUGUCUUUUUUUUGUGUGUGUUGCUUCCCCCCCACCCCCUUUCCCUUUAUAUCAUCUACUGGAAACUUCUAACCUUACUGCACAUAUUUUGUUUUAACUGCUAGAUGCCCGUUCCCAGUUGUGGCUAUUCCGCUGCCCUGUGGCUGGAAUGCUCUUUGGGAUUCACUCAGCCCUUAUUCUCCCAGGUCCCCCUCCGCCUUUCCCAGGGGUUCUCCCUUCUGCAACGAUGGCAUGAAAAUAUCAUAUGUUACUGGACGCAGAGAAAUGACCAAAACAGUAUUUUUUUUAUAUCUAUUUAUAUAAGCUCUCCGUGGCACUAUCAGAUGUUGUCUGUAAUUGGUCUGCAUUAGAAUAUAACAAUGUGAACGUCUAUAAGAGGUGAUGCUGAACCUUUGGGGUCUAUGCAGUCGCUGAGGAGGGGCUCAUCCUUUAUGGGGGGUGCUUCUCAAAAAGCAUUGCUUCUCCAUGUCUGCCAAUUCCCUGCCCGCUUGCUCUCUGUGCCUCCCUCUCCCCUCUUGGCUGCCUCCCUCCACCAGCUAGAUUGGAAUGUGAACUCCCCCUACAUCCCCUUUCCAAGCUAAAAGUAGUUGGAACCCCCAUCCUGCUUACCACUGGGGGACUUCUUUCUUUUGAUGCCCCCCACCUUUUCUGAUGGGCUUGACUGACUCCAGUGGGACCCCCUCCUCACCUGUUUCAUCUUCAGACCUUGCCCAGCUCUCAAGAAUGGGGGGAUUGCUUUCCUGACCCUUUCUGCUUGAGGGUCAGGAGGAGAUGUGCUAAGAGAGAACUGCUACCUAUGAUUGGGAGGAAGAAGAAGAGCACUCCCUUAGAAGCCUUAUACCCGUGUUGCUGUUCCGGAGGUCGCCUCCUCCCCUCUGAGUCGGUGCUAAAUGUCUGUAACUGGAAUCUGAAAUUCUUGUGGAGAGGACUGAGUAGAACCAACUCUUCCUGGUUCUUCCUUCACCGUCGUGUGUCGUCAGCACCUUGGAUCUCCAGGGGCUUUAAGAUAGACAGAACUUGUGGGAGACCAAAGCCGUGUCUGAAAGAGAGAACUUAGGCAACCUGAAAUCACCGUGUGCUUUCUGACCUUCCCUUGCCUUCAGCUUUGUGCACCCCACCCUGGCCCCCAUCCAUUCCCAAACAGCCAUCUAUCCCCUGGUUGCCUCCUUGCUGGCUUCUCCCUGUGAAAGUAGGUUGAGAAUCCUUUUUUUUUUCUAUCUCUUGUAUCAGGUGUCGUGGCUCCAAAAGCAGCCCAUUCGGGUGGUAAAUGUUCAGUUUUUAAUUUUCUUUCCAAGUGCCAUUUGUAUAACUUAAAUCUCAAAUAGCUUCAACUGGAAAAUAAAAAAAAAAAUUUAAAAGAACAA